CAUUAACAAGACUUAAGCUCAUAACUUUCUCAGCCUUUUCUCCAGAUAAAUAGAUAUAGGAGUCAGUAGUAACCAGUAAUACUGCUGCAUACUCCCUAAAACCAUGUCGGGUCCAAUGUGUUUUUCGAAUCCUCCAAAGCUUAGUUCAACCUGUGGAGCAGGAAAUGUAGAAGAAAUCGCUGGGCUUCAAACAUAUGUUACUGGACACCGAGACUCCCAUCGCGCCAUCCUUCUGAUUGCUGAUGCUUUUGGGUAUGAAGCUCCAAAUUUGAGAAAACUUGCAGACAAGGUUGCAGAUACUGGAUUUUUUGUAGUGGUUCCAGAUUUCCUUUUCGGUGACCCUGCUGAUGUUGGAAAUCCUAAUUUUGAUCUGGAAGCAUGGAAAAAUGCUCAUCCAUCGGACAAAGGAUCUGAGGAUGCUAAGAAAGUAAUUGCUGCCUUGAAAAGCAAAGGAUAUACUGCUAUAGGGGCUGCAGGUUUCUGCUGGGGAGGAAUGGUGGUUGUCAAACUGGCAAACAAUUUGGACUGCAUUCAGGCUGCAGUAGUCUUACAUCCUGGUCCAAUGACAGAAGAUGAAAUCAACGAGGUAAGGGUUCCAUUUGCUAUAUUGGGAGCUGAGGUUGACCGCAUUUUUUCUGCUGAGAAGAUCAAGCAUUUGGCAAGUAUUUUAGCGCAGAAAUCUGAGGUUGAUAGUUUUGUGAAGAUAUUUCCAGGUACAGGGCAUGGAUGGACAACCAGAUAUAAAGAUGAGGAUGAAGCAGCUGUUAAGAAGGCAGAAGAGUCUCAUUUGGACAUGUUGAAUUGGUUUACUAAGUAUAUCAAGUGAAGAACAAUCCCCUUAUGGCAACUGAACUCACAUGGUAUUAGUACUAGCUGCCAUUUUCAAGCAAUAAAUUCUAUGGAAAUUUUAGUCUGGAUUUGCCUGUGUCAUGCAUCAUAUGCACAAUGGGUUGAACGGAUCUUGUAAAAGGUUAAUCUGUGUUUUUCUGCUUCUUGUCAGUAAUGUAUCACAAUAAUGUACCACGAGUUCAAGUUACGUUUCAAACCUUCUCGAGGACUCAAAUGACAUCUGUUGUUGCUUCUUUUGAAA